UCCAAUGAGAUUGAUAUUCUUCAAUCCCUCGAUAUUUUCAUUUGGUGGCUUGAUAAAAGUAGUCUUUAAACCGAAUUUCUGUCAUGUUAUGUCUUCUUCUGGUAGUUAGAUAUCUUCUACAGAAGUUGCCAUUUGCUUAUGUGCAAGCAAUCUUUACUGUUUGCAGACUCUGUCUUGCAUGCCGUAGGAAGUUGGGCAUAGAUUGGGUUCCAGCAAGUGUGUAGGGUUGUCGUGCACAGUAUUUUAAGCCUCAAAAAGAAAUUUCAUCUGCUGUGUGAUUCUGAGUUCGCAUCAUCGUCAUCGUCAUGGCAGAUAAUCAAAUCCCGAUUCUGGCAAAAGAUACUUAUCAGCACCCGCUGCAGAAGCUGAAGCGUGUGCACUGGUGGAUUCUGGUCGUCCUCAACAUAACAUUCCUCCUCGUGGGCCAAGCUGCUGCUGUCCUCUUGGGUAGAUUCUAUUACGAGAAAGGCGGAAACAGUAAAUGGAUGGCCACUUUAGUCCAGACAGCCGCUUUCCCGGUUCUCCUCGUGCCCUACUUUUUCCUGCGUGACGAGCCUCAGCCUCUGUUGGCCCCACCUUCGUUGCUCGUUUUAACUGCAGUAUACAUCGUGAUUGGGGCCGUGGUUGCUGGAGACAACAUGCUCUACUCUGUUGCCCUCUCAUACCUCUCGGCCUCCACUUACUCUCUCAUCUGUGCCACCCAGCUGGCCUUCAACGCCAUCUUCUCCUUCUUCAUCAACCGCCAAAAGUUGACUGCCCUCAUAUUCAACUCGGUGGUCAUCCUCACUUUGUCGGCCGUCCUUCUUGGCAUCAACGAGGACUCGGACAGGCCUUUCGGGGUCACCACCCGCAAAUACAUAACUGGGAUCAUCACAGCCGUUGCCGCCAGUGCCCUCUAUUCUCUCCUGCUGUCCGUAAUGCAGCUGACGUUCGAAAAAGUCUUGAAGAAGGAGACUUUCGGGGUCGUUCUUGAAAUGCAGAUGUACACUGCGGUUGUGGCGACUUGUGUGGCGGUCGUGGGUCUUUUCGCGAGCGGGGAAUGGAGGAGUCUCGGGGGCGAAAUGGGUAAUUUUGCGAGCGGGAGGUUCUCGUACGUGAUGACGCUCGUUUGCACGGCAGUGUCGUGGCAGGUCUGCUCGGUGGGGGUCGUGGGCUUGAUCUUCGUGGUCUCGUCACUUUUCUCGAAUGUCAUUAGUACUCUCUCGCUGGCCGUCACGCCGAUAGCAUCGUUGCUCGUUUUCCAUGAUAACAUGAAUGGUGUGAAGAUUGUUGCCAUGUUGAUGGCGUUUUGGGGAUUUGGGUCUUACAUCUAUCAGAAUUAUAUUGACGAUCUAGAGUUGAGGAAGAAUAUGAGGGGUGGUGAUGAUGUUCCGUAAUCAUUCUUUUGCUCUAUACAUACUGUCAAAGAAUGUUGGAUUUCAUUGUUUUUUUUUUUUACUAUGAGGUCAUAAUUGAGACAGUUUGAUUGUUAGUAUAUUGUGAUUUGUGAUAGUUUUUGCUCCUCGUAUGUGCUGUUGGUUUUUGGAUUAUAAAACAAGUUCUGAGAAUCUUAACGAGGGUAUCAACUAUCAAAGUUAUGUUCUUACCGAUGUUUGAUUGAUGAGUGUUGAGUUGAAAACUAUAUAUUUAUUCAGCUUUAGUUCAAACAAACAAUUUCAUGCAGGUGGUUUCGUAAUAUACACAUAUACGUAGUUGGUUUCCUUCCC